AUGCUACAACCCGGGGGCUGGCCUGAACCCGCCAAGUCCGCGCCCAAGAAGGGCUCCAAGAAAGCCGUGACCAAGACCGCCGGGAAAGGCGGCAAGAAGAGGAGAAAGAGCAGGAAGGAGAGCUACGCCAUCUACGUGUACAAGGUGCUGAAGCAGGUCCACCCCGACACCGGCAUCUCCUCCAAGGCCAUGGGCAUCAUGAACUCGUUCGUCAACGACAUCUUUGAGCGCAUCGCCUCUGAAGCGUCUCGUCUGGCUCACUACAACAAACGCUCCACCAUCACCUCCAGGGAGAUCCAGACCGCCGUGCGCCUCCUGCUGCCCGGGGAGCUGGCCAAGCACGCCGUGUCCGAGGGAACCAAGGCCGUCACCAAGUACACCAGCUCCAAGUAGACACAGACCCAAUACAAACCAACGGCUCUUUUCAGAGCCACACACCCGAUCUGGAGAGCAUGAAACUUCCUUCAGCCAUUUAACAUGAAUAGUAAAUAUUCAUUAGUCUGGGUUUAAGAAUAAACUUUAAAAUUAUAAAUCCACAAAGGUUAAUGUGUGACUGAAUCAUUUUUUCAUUCAAUAUUGUUAAAGCACAAAUAGCUUCUGACAUGGUUUAGCUGAAUUAUUUUAAUUAAGCAAUUGUAUCAAUAUCACAGUAAAAUUCAUUCAUCUGUUUAUCUUCAAAAAUUGUCCGAUGGUUUUGUUUUCACAACAGCAUUGAGUAAUUUCUAUAAAUUUUAAGAAGUUUCAACUUCAAUGACAUAUUGUUGACUGCUUGACUAAACUCAAAUAUCCUGAUCUGACACCAACGCGCUUGACUCAUCAAGCAUACAACCAGUGAGCGAUAUUUAUGAGAAAGUGAAUGUCAUUUUCAAGCAUUCUUAUUUUUUUUUUAUUUUCUGGUGGCGUUUUAUCAAAAGUGCUUCAUUUACAUGGCAACAUGUUUUUUUUUCUUUUAAUAUAAUUCUAAUUCCCGGACCCGCCACCCCACUCUACGUCACAUUAAUGCACGUCCUAGGUCACCUUUGUACAGAAUCACUACUCCGGCACUUUAAAACCAACAUGUAAAUUUUUUUUAUUUUAACAUUAUUUGUUCUUUUGCACAAUCA